AUGGCCACUCUUGGUCCGGCUGUCUCCUCCCUACGGUCCUCCAUCUCCCUUCUCGAAUCCAGCAUCUCGAUCCUCGACGAAGGCGUCUCGGACUUCCCUCGCCUAUGCAAGGUUCUCCAGACGCAACAACACUUCGAACUCCUUCCCGAACCCACGCUCCGCGAAGCUCAGCAGUCUCUUGUCGAUGAGAUUGUCCCAGCAAUCCACCAACUAUUGUCCACGGCGGAGAACUAUGUCAACCAAUUGGGCCGAAGAGAAGAGAGUCUCAAGGCGAGAUCUGAAUUGCUUGACGGGAGACUGAAUACCAGCAGGCGAAGGACGUCAAGUUUUGGUGGUAAUAAUGGUGUCCGGUCUCUCCGAAGCACGAAGUCAGGUCAACCUGCGGCGCCCUUGACCGAUGCCAAGAUGUUGGAGAUGAAGCGUCUACAGCAAAAGAAGGAGAGACUGCAAUAUGCCAUUGAGCGGUUGGAGUUGCAGAGCAAACAAAGAGAAAGAGAAUUGAGGAAGAGUAUGGCUAUUGUGAAAGAGUGA